AAUCAGUUCCCGGUAGUGUGGUCUUAGUUCCGGUUACAGUGUGAUCACCUAGCUUGAAAGCUUUCAGUUUUACUCGGUUUUUAUUUGGUUUUUAACGAUGGGGGAGGCAGAUGUGACCCUCAGUCAGACCGAGGAGAAGCCCCCGGACUCGGCUCUGGUUUCCGGGGAGGACUCGGUGGUCUGGAGCCACGAAGUGGAGGUUUGUCUUUUCCACGCGAUGAUCGGACACAAACCAGUGGGAGUGAACCGUCACUUCCACAUGAUCUGCAUCCGGGAUAAGUUCAGUCAGAACAUCGGCAGACAGGUCUCCUCCUCUGUCAUCUGGGACCACCUGGGGACCAUGUACGACAUGCAGGCUCUGCACGAGUCUGAGAUCCUGCCGUUUCCAAACACUGAGAAGAGCUUCUCUCUGCCGGAAGAAAUCAUCCAGGGGGUUAAAGGAGGGAAGCUGGGCUCAGAGGAGGAGACCAAAGAGGAGUUCAGGAUGGAGAGAGAACCUCCUGCCACACAUGAAGAAGGAAGUAACUCCUCAGUGAAGAUGUCGGAGCGAACAAGCAACAGUCGAGAAAAGGAGAAGGAGCGAGACAAGGAGAAGGGGGGAGGUGAAGCAACAGCAGGAGGAGGAGGAGGAUCAAAGGAAGCAGAAAAGAGGAAGAGGAGCCGAGCGACUGAGAAACUGCUGUCAUCUUCCAACCCGGCGAGUCCGGGAGGCGCCAAGAGGAGGCGCACCUGAGAGCUGGACUCUGAUUGGCUGCCUUAAAAAGAUCUCUCAACGUCUGACCACAGCAGGAGGAAGAGACACGUGUAGACAUUUGGAUGUCCAUUUUUUUCCUUUUUGUUGCUGAUUUCCGUGUUAAUGUCGUCCUCCUCUGCAUCGUUUGACGUCCUGCUGCUCCAUAAAGCUGAGCAGAACCCAGUAAAAACAGGUCUGCUUAAUGUUUCCCAAAGAACGUCCGGAACCAUUCUCUCUCAUCCUAAACCUUCAGAUUUGAGUCUCAACAUAUCUCUUGUGUGGAUGUUAGUUCUGAUGGGUACUGUUACUGUGGUUGACAUCAGCUGUUUUCAUGGACCUGUUUGAGCUCAGAUCCUCUCAGGGUUUACAUUUGUUUGACCUGCAGUGAUUGAUUGAUUGAUACAAGCAACUUCUGUCCCCUUCAAGCAAAAGACGCUGCAGAGCACGGAGAAAAGAAGCAGCAGCAGCAGAACGUUGCUGCUCAGAAUAACAGACAUUUUAUCAGCAGCGAAGUGAAUAAUCCAGCCAGUCUGUGGAGCCAGAUCUUUGCAUCUUUUAUUGUACAGUAGCUGAAACCUGAAACAUGAGAUGUCUGUUAAAGCAGCUACAGUUGGCGUGUUUCUGGGAACAUGGUCAGUCCUCCAGACUCCAGAGAUUUCAGCUCGGCUCACCCUGAAGUCUGACCUGCAGGAAAGUUUCUCCAUCUGCUCCAGGAUGCUGUAACAAAUCAGUGUGAAGAUUUAUGUUGGAAUAUUCUUUAAUAUUUUUAGUUUAGAAGUUUAGUUUCAGACCUAUACAGUUUGGGGGCAACAUGUGGAGAUUUUAAAAUGUUCUUAGUUUUUUUUUUUUUAUCAAAGUCUUAAUUUAUUCAUCAUGACAAGACUGUUGGUGACAUUAAAGAUGAACUCAUUA